CACAGCUUGCUGUCUUUCUAUUUGCUUGCUUCAGUGACCGCACAAAACACAAAUGAUUCAUCAAAGUUUUCGAUCAAAGUGUACAUUUAAAAUCAAUUAGCACAUGGACUCCUUUCUUCUGAUUAUACACAGAAAAAUGCACGUAGCACCAAUACAAAAGGGGAACCGGCGACACAUAUACCAAAUGGGGUUAAUUAGAGUAAAUUGUAUUCGUGAAAUACAGUUGUUCUGAAUUUGCAGUAAGAAGAAGUCACCGUUGGUAGUGGUGGGUGGGGGUCGCUAGGAGUGUCCCCUGGGUCCCAAGGGAGCGACAAUCUGAAAGAAUUUGGGUAUCCCUGCCUUACACGAAUGUCCAGCACAGAAUCAAAGAGACAAUAACAAAAUCUACCUGUGACGUCUAUCCUAGUUUCUGGGAACUUUCCAAUGCUGAUAUGUAAAGUGAAACAAAUAAUCAUGUUGCCAUGAUAUUGAAUAUUCAUAUCAAUAGCAUUCAACCAAAAGAUUACCUCACAUAUCCGCUUUAAACUUUAGAUACCACCUGGCAACAAAAUGAUAUGAAUGAAUAUAUGAAUAUAUGUAUGUGUGGGAUGACGUCAGCAGCUGGGUGAGCUGACCGGAAGUUGGGGCAACCGGAAGGGGAAGCCCUGAGGCGCGCGCAGGGAGCGGCGAUUUCGGCCUUUCGAACGAGGGUCGUCGACGGGUGAAGACGUUGCUAAGGUUGGUGAAGCAGCUUCUAUCUUUAGCGUUCGGGUCGAGGCUGUGUCGGAGGAUCCGUUACCCCUGAAGGCUCUCCGUCAGAGCGAAGAGAAGGUCAUGGAUAUAAAAUUUUUCUGUUUGUUGGUGAUACUAUAUUCAACAAGUGGAAGUAACAGCUUUAAAAUUAUUCAAAAUGAAACAGCUUGGUUAGGAGAAAGCCUUGUUCUUCAGACAGAAGAAAUUCCAAAUCUGAAAAGACCUGCAGUUUGGAAAUACAAUAAUUAUAAAUAUGAAUGUGAUAGGACAUGCGCCACUGGGGCUUAUACAGUUACUCAGGAUGGUAAUAUUUCAACUCUUACAAUCAAAAACGUAUCUUGGGAAUUCUCAAAGUGGUCUUUUAACGAUGAUGAUUUACGAGUUGCACACCUUAAACUUGACAUAAAAGUGAAACCAACGAUUGAGAUCAUGAAUGAAACAGAUUGUAAAUACAAUGUAACAGCAAAAUGUUCUUUACCUGUGACACGUAUAGAAUGUUACCUUGGAAAGGCUCUACAACCAUUUAUUUCAAACAAAACAGAAACUUGUCCGGAUGGAAAAACUUACACAUCCAGUGCUACAUUAGAACCUCCUUCUGGGAAUCUGAAAUGCAGCUUUACUAUCGACAGCAUAUUCAGUGCUGAACGAACUACAGAAGUUAAUUGUAACAUUCCAUCUGCUACAACAUCAGAUUUCUACACAUCUGUGUACAUUGAAAGUUCAUCAAUUAAUGAUAAUGUCAAUACAACUGAAAUUAAUGAUAAUGUCAAUACAACAAAAUCUUUUGUAGGUCGCCUUUCACAGUCAACAAUAUUACAAUCAACACCAACCACUACAAAAGAAUCUUCAGCAGAUGGUAAAACUAAACAAAUAAAUUGCAUCAGUAUUAUCAUUGCGGUUCUUAUUAUUAUUGGUGUCGUGGACACCUAAAAAUAUUCCUACGUGCAAAAAAGUUGCUUCAGUCGUUACGCUGAAAUGCCUU